AUGUCCAUCUUUGGACAUGACAGGUCAUUCUUCCCUUCCAACGUGAGCCAUGCCGGGGAGUCUCUGCGCUCAGCCGAUCAAGCGCUGGAUCCGGCUGUACACAAGGCUGAAUCGUUGGCAAGAGUUCACAAGGUGAGGAGCUGCCAUGUUGGCGGAGGAUGCCAUCGACUGACGGCAACGACGUUGCAGCUGCUGGAUGAAGAGAUGGACAACGAUGAGAGGAUGAGGCUGAGGGGUCAGUGGGCAGGAGAGCGCAACAGCGUGUAUGAGGCAGACGACGUUGGGAUCGAGUUCUCAGCGGAGAGCCGAGAUCGCCUCCCGGACCUUGUUGUGAGCAGGUUGGAGAACAUGCGGGACCUCUGCUUCUUCGGAAUCCUGCGCGAGAUCAACAUCGCCUGGGCUUCCGUGGACGACGUCAUCUGCCUUUGGUCUCCUGUCCCGCAGGAAGGGACUCGUCCUCCCGCACGGACCUUGCACUGCAAAGACUACGUGACAGCGGUCUGCCUCGUGCGACCGGACCCGAGCAAGACGUACGACUGCGACGGGAUGCCCAUGUUCUUCCUGGCCGUUGGCUUGCGAGAGAGUGUGGAGCUGUUCAAGCUUGAGCUGACUGAGACGGAGAUCGUCAUCCAUGACACCAACAUCGAGAUCCCCGUUGAGUCGUACGUCUGCAAGAUGGUCUCGACUCCACUUGGUCGACUCUUCAUCGGGUGCUCCGAUGGCUGCGUGUACGAGCUUCACUACGAUGAGGACGAUUACUCUUUGAGCUCCUUCUGGCGCCCGAGGAAGUUCCGAAAGAAGUCAUGCCAGUCCUUCCGCUUCGAUGAAAUCUUCCGCGGUGUCUCGCGGAUGAUCAAGACGGUGGACACAGACCCCAUCACUGAGAUGGUCUAUGAUUCCUCUAGGCACAUCCUCUACGCCCUCUCCCAGCAACGGGCCGAGCAAGACUCCCAGCGGUCUGCCAUGCAGAGAAGCUACAUCUGUCGCUACUCCCUCGGGCCUGACGGCCGGUCGGGAGUUCAGUACCUGGGCCGGUCGGACCUUGAGAGGGCAACGCAGGGGAUCGAGCAGGCAAGGAGGAUGCCGAUGAGUCAGGGAGCGAAGGCAGCAGACCAUGACAUCGUCGCUGUGCAUGCGAUCGACGUGGCAGAGAGCGUGCAGUGUCAGUGUGUUCUGGUCACUUCGACUGGCUACAGGAUCUUCCUCGAGUGGCAGGAAGGAUCGAAGCAAGUCAGGGUGAGAUCUACCAAGGCCCCUCCCUCUGCAGCUGCCGCCAUGCACGGAGGCAGGAGCAUGCCGGAGACGAGGGUGCAGUGCUCCUUGUACCGCCAUGGCAUCUUCUUGCUCGGCAUGCCGAACCUGGUCGUGUGCAUUGCUGGGACGCACAACCAGUCAGAAACGGAGGAGAGGGAGGUUUACUUUGAGAUCCCGAUGGCCCAGCAUUUGCCGGAUGCGUACGGUGCUGUGCAGAUGUGGAUGCUGGAGGAGGUGACCUGCCUUGCUGGGAGCGGAUCUGCUGUCGUCCCUGCUGGGACCAAGGCGAACCCAAGGGGAGGGACCGUUCAGUCCACCAACGAGCUCCUGCAGCAGCACGUCUCGUCUCCGAGGAGGUUCUUGUGCAUAGGAAGCAGCGGAGUUGUUGUCGUGCACAGGCAGCAGCCGUGGGAGAAGCUCAGGUUUGCCUCUCAGCACGCGGAAGCCUUGGAAAGCCAGGCAAGGAUGCUGGGGAAAGAGGGCUGGCAUUACUUCCUCCGGUUUCCUAAGGAGCAGGCAUGCGCCUCCGCCAUCUAUUGGUGGGUCCAGGCAGGAGGAGGGCAGCAGCAGUACAGCGACCCGUCGAGGAGGAGGACGGAGGCUGAGCAGGCAGCGAGCGUGUUUUUCCACACGGCAUACAACGUGGACGUGCAGCAGGUAGCGCACACAAGCUUCCGAGAGGAGGAGCUCAAGGAGCCGCGCAUGCGCGGUUUGCUCAUCGCCCUUUCAAGGUUCCUGCGUCCUGUCUGGUGGUACAAACUUUUUGACGCCUCCUCGUCCCUCCUCUCCCACUCCGAGUGGGAGCGACUGGUGUGGCAGCUGCAGCUCUUGGCUAAGUUCCUCACGGACAACGAGGACAAGCUGCCCAGGGGGAAGGGCCUGGGAAUGACGCAGUCGAGGAUGGCGCUGGGGAGCUCGAGCUUUGCGUCGUCGGUCAACAGCCCAGGGCUGCCGCUGUCAGUGCGGGAGAUAAGGGACAUGGUGAACAUGUGCAAGGAAGUCUGCUCCUUCAUGGCGAUCGCAACUCGGAACGGGCUGGGCAGCAUCCUGCAGGAGGUGGACUUGUCGCAGAUCAAGGAGCUUGAGUUCAAGACGGCAGUCCUCCGGCUGGUGGGGAAGCCAAAACAGAACGAGAUCUACCUGCAGCAGCAGGUGCUCGCGGUGAUCGAGAAGCUUAUCGAGCAGAGCCCCGCCUCGCAGCCUCGCCUCCUCCUCCCGGGCGAGCAGGCCUUCUCUCCGUCCUCUGUCAACGACUACAUGGUGCGGUCGGCGAUCAGGAGGGAGAAGCUGAUCCGGGACAUCGAGGAGCAGUGCCCCAACAUCUUCAGACCCGCCGAGCACAGCAAGAUGAGGGCCCGGAAGUGCCUGGCGGAGGCCCGGGAGUCCUACCAGUACCACCCCGAUCGGGUGCAGCAGUGCCUGUCCGAGGCCCGGGAGCUCUACAACCGGGUCAGCAAGGACUUGAACGAGGACGACAUUCAUCGCAUGUGCGACAGCUUCUGCGAGCUCAAUGAGCACCUGGCGGCCAUCCAGGUCCUCCUCAAGAGGUUCUCGGAGAAGUCGGAGCCCGUCUCCCCAGCUGAGGCCGCGAAGCUGCAGCUCCUCCUCCACCUCCUCGCAUCCCAGUCGGACAAGUCCUCCUUCACCAAGGCGCUUGAGGUCGCUCUAGAGCACAAGGGGCUCUACACCUCCCGCGUGUCCUCUGUCGACGUGAACACCAACGAAGAGUUCCUCUUCCCUACCGUCUACGUCGUCUUCCGCUCCGUCCUCGAUGACUCGAGCUUCGGGUCGCUCUGGCCGAUCCUCCGCCGCCUUCCCCUCCUCAAGAAGUCCUCCGCCCCCCAGCACCACCUCAUCGCCUUCCUCCGCGGCAGGCCGGACGGCCCGGACAAGCUGGUGGAGCUGUACAACGAGACCGGGCAGUUCUCUAAGGCAGGGGAGAUCUGCUUGCAAGAGGCAGUGAGGCCUGUGGAGAAGGGGGUGCCGACCCUCGACGAUCGCAUCCGUUGGUACCGUGAGGCCGCCAAGGCAGCGAAGCUCAACGGAGGCAUGCUCAACAGUCAGCACCAGGCCACCAUGCUAGACCAGUACGCGGACAUCUGCCACAUCCAGCAGCAUCUGCUUGAGCAGGUUGACAUUCUCCUCCGCCGCAAGCCCAGCAGCGCCCUCCGAGCCAUGGCCGCGAGGAUGCAGGAGAGGGCCAUGGGGCUGCAGGACUUGUUCGGGUGCUCGGUUGACGCCGAGUGCUACGAGGUUGCUCUCGAAGUCUGCGAGCUGGCGUCGUCAGCUGGAGAGGUGCAGGAGGACGCCAUGAACUUGCCGCAGGUGGUCAAGAAACUCUGGACCCUCCUGCUAGAGCAGGCGUGGACGGCGCCAUGGGAGGAGGAGGAGGAGGCGCAGGACGUGAGGAAGAGGAGAUCGUCGAGUGGCUGGAGGAGAAGGUGA